CACACACACACUCGCGCGCACACACACCCGUAAACCUGAACGCUCGCUCUCUCGCGCGCGCUCUCACUUCGAGCCGCACAUAAGCCACAUGCUGUACCGCGCGCGCUCCGGACUCCAGAUCCGAACGGGGAGAAGAUCCUGAUCCUGAUCCUGACCCGAAGGCGCGCACUCUGUCAAUCCUAGUCUGGAUUAUGAGCUCGCAUUAACUGGAAGAGUCUCUAAUCUUUCAUUGCUUUUUUUCCCCUUUUCUUUUCUUGUUGUUUUUGGCGCGGAUGAUUUGCUGCAACGGAAUCCGCCGCGGACGCGGCACCAGGGGUUUGGCGAUACAGCAGCGCGAGACGAUCCGGAACUGAGGCAGCCAACCUCUACCAGUUCCGUAAGUGUCUGAGACGACUGCUACGCAUCGCUUCUCCACUUCCUUUGUUCGUUCCACGCUCUCGCUCUAGCGAUCUACAUGGAGCCCCGGGGGUCAUGGAGCCAGGCUGAGGAUCCCCUCGUUGGGAACUUUAACGUGUCUGGAUUCCAAACCGGAGUCCCCUGGGCGCCGUUAAUGACAAGGAUAAUGGAGAACCAGUCGGAGAGCCAGAUAUCGAACCAGACCGCGCCAUUUAUCGGCAGUACCACGGUGAUUACGGCAUUCAUAUCGUUAACCGUGUUCAUCGUGGGGGUCAUUGGGAACACGCUGGCCAUCUACGUGGUGCUGCGGUAUGUCAAGAUGAAGACAGUAACCAACAUCUACAUUCUGAACCUUGCCAUAGCCGACGAGCUCUACCUCCUGGGCCUGCCGUUCCUGAGUACACAGAACGCCCUUUCGUAUUGGCCGUUCGGGUCCUUCUUGUGCCGCGUGGUCAUGACGACCGAUUCCCUCAACCAGUUCACCAGCAUCUUCUGCCUCACGGUAAUGAGCAUCGACCGCUACCUGGCUGUCGUUCACCCUCUGCGCUCCAGCAGGUGGCGCCGGCCCCGCGUGGCAAAAGUGGUAAGCGCGGCAGUGUGGGUCACGUCGUUCAUAGUGGUGCUGCCGGUGGUGAUCUUCUCAGACGUCCAGGACAGUUUCUAUUCCUGCAACAUGAGCUGGCCAGAGCCUCGAAGCUUUUGGCCGGUGGCCUUCAUCCUCUACACGUCGGUUCUCGGCUUCUUUGCACCGUUGCUCGUGAUAUGCGCAUGCUAUGUGCUCAUCGUGGUGCGGGUGAAGGCUUCGGGAGCGCGGGCCGGGUUCGGGAGGCGGCGCCGCUCUGAGCGCAAGGUCACUCGCAUGGUGGUGGUCAUCGUAAUGGCUUUCGUUUUCUGCUGGCUGCCGUUCUACAUGAUCAACAUUGUGAACCUCAUACACAUCGUCCCUGAGAACAAUGUGACGGUGGGCAUCUACUUCUUCUCAGUCAUUUUCACGUACGUCAACAGCUGCGCCAACCCGGUUCUCUAUGGCUUCCUGUCGGAUAACUUCAGGCAGAGCUUCCGGAAGGUGCUGUGCUUGCGAAGGGCCAACGGCGUGGAGGACGGCGAGCCGAGCGCGCCACGCACUGACAAGACGAGCGCUUUCGAUGGCUUCCUUCCUGUCAGGAACGACCAAACCAAUGGGCACGUGACCAACAACCAGGAAAUGCAGCUGAGUGAAACAUCGAAACCGAAACCAGCGAAGUCUAAAGUGAUUGGCCAGUCCUCGCUUUAAACCCCGCCCCUCUCUGUCUCAAUUCCAUUAUCACUCUUGAUCUCUCUCACUCCAUCCAACUCAUGUCAUCCUGGUCAAGUGUGCUCUCAGACCCUUAACUCCACCCACCGAGACUCCGCCCCCGCUCCAACAGAACCCUGAUGCAGAGAGGAUUCUGGGUAUGUGGUCAUGCCCAGAGCUCACAGCAGGAUGGAGAUGCUGUUCUUUCUUUCCAUGCUGUAGGAGGUGAAGGUGAGAUGUGAGUGUGACGUGCUCCGACAUUCGUCAUCAUGACUCAGUGGACCGAAUGAUCGGAGAUGCCAAUAUCUUCUUUCUGUUCGUCACGUUAUGUCUCGGCUCGAAAUCUCAAACCCUCACACUGCUAUUGACUGAUGCUCGGUUCCUCCACAGGAACUCCCCAGGACGCUCAGACAUAUCGGAAAAGUUUCACUUCUUUUUCCAUUGCUGAGCUUGAUCUCGACCACGGGUUUGUGAAUAACAAGUCAAAAUAUUGAUGUCGUGUUCCCUGAAUGCUCGAUCUCAGCUGGUAACUCCUUAAACACCACAAGACUUGCCCUCAUCAAAACAAACAUUACACAUCAGUUACAUUACAUUACAUUACACACCAGUGCUGAUGUUCUCUGAUGGAGAGAGGGCUUUUAUAGAUACUUAUACCUGUAAGUAAUAUGAAGUGGUGAGGGAUUUGUGUAGCUCAUGUGCUGAGCUGUUAUCCAGCCUGGAUCCUGGCCUUCUGAUUGUACUCUUUGAUAAAAUAGUGUUUGAUUUGGGACGUAGCCAUGGGAAUGACAGGGGAUGUAGAGCCUUUAGAAGCCAUGACUGUGUGAUUCAUUAUUAUACAGAUGUGUAGAUUUAGUGUGAGACGUUUAAAAAGCCAGUGAUGGAACAUGAUGCAGACAUUGUCUCCUGCCAUCUUUUGUGAGCUUUGAUGGGUGGUGGGCCACACCUCCUUUACUGGAAACAACAAAUAGAGGCCACACCUCCUUUACAGGGAUUGACACAAUUAGAAGCCACACAUCCUUCUUUGUAAUUGACAGUUGGAGGCCACACCUUCUUCACUGGGAACAUUGAUUAGUGGUUACACCUCCUUUACUGGGAUUGACAGUGGCCACACCUCCUUAUUGUGAAUGACAAUGGGAGGACACACCUCCUUUACUGGGAACAUUGAUUAGAGACCACACCCCCUUAUUUGCAACAAUUAUUAGAGGCCACACCUCCUUUACUGGGAACAUUCAUUAGUGGCCACACCUCCUUCUCUAGAAAUGACACUUGGAAGCCAUACCUCCUUCACUGAGAUGGACCCUCCUAGGCCACACCCCCUUUAAGAAUAAAGGGUGAAGGUCACAGUUCCUUUGCUUUAUACUUCUCAUAUAUAUUGGCACCCCAUUGUGAAUCUGUGAAACUUUUACAUCCCCAUUGAAUGUGAUUUUUUUUUAUUGCGGUAGCUUUUUAAGGCGAGAAGAUAAAAGAAAAGAAAGUGCGAUGGCUGUAUGGAUACAGCGGAAAUGUACAGGUACACCAUAAUAAAGUGCCUUUCCCAGGUUAAAGGGAAGAUGUGAACUCACUGCGUUUGAUGUACAGACACGCGGCAGCUCGUCUCCACCGGAUCGUUCGGAUUAAUGUUAUGUUUAUUUGCAGGGCUUUUUUUUUUCUUUUCUCCAUACCUACCACACCAAUUUGCAAUGUCUCCGCCCCCUUUUACUGUUCUCUUCCCCCUGUGUCCGAGUGUGUUGUUUUGAACGUGUCUGUAUAAAUGAACAUUUACGGAUAUUCGUUUAGGGUUUGUAAUCAAACGUUGAGCAUUAUUUUGUCAUGUAACAGUGUAAAUCUGUGUAUAAAUCUGUGUGUAUAUAGACUUAAAACCUGCAGCGAUGUUCCUACACAGAAUUUUUGCUAAAAAGUGUGUGUUAGCUCUGGUUGCUGUCUGCCUACGCUACAAAGAUGUCUAAAUGUGCAUAUAUUGAAUCUCGUAGGUUUGCGUGAAUUUUGAAGCUUCGUGUGAUGUCUUGUCCGUCACACAAUAACAAAGAACCAAAAAACGCUGGCUAGCUUAUUACGCCGUUUCAAACAAAUUCAGACGCGCGGGCACGUUCGAAAAAAGGGAAAAAAAGAAAUGAAAGUGUGCACUUUAUCUGUUUAUAGUUACGUUUCAUUUUGCAGGAAUGUCCACACACUGUUCGUGUUGUCACUUACGUUAUAGCAGCUACAACAGAAACGGCUUUUUUCCUCACCCUUUCCUCUAAAAAUUGAAAUAUGUUAAUGUAUUCAAAAUAAAAUGGAAGGCAACAACUCGCCUUUUGGGAAGUGUGUCAGGAAAAACGUUACGGCUUUAACUCAGACUGUUACCGAUCGCAGACACUGGAGACAUCUUUCAUAAAAUCACCUGCGAUGUAAGUGCCUCUGAAUUGGCUAUGAUAAAGGCUACAUCUACGCUAAUCCGGAUACUAUUGAAAAAAAACUUUCUGCGUCCACACUUUUAAAUCGUUUACCAAAAGUUGCUCUUACGCACUGAAAUGUCUGAAACACUCACGCCCCUGUACUGCACACGAACAAAUCUUAAGAUGUGAAGAUGAUUAAAAAUGCCUCAGUCCACACUACAACGUGAAAGCGACGUUUUUCGAAAGUGUAUCCACUUCAGAGAGCGUUUUUAAAAAGCUAUUUUUUCGCCGUCUCAGUGUGGACGGAAAUGCAAAACCGACAGAAAGUUGUGUGACAAAAAAACUUAUUAGUGUGGGCGUGGCCUACAGAAACAAUAGCAUUUCAUAUGUUAGCAUUGUUCUGUGAGAGCAAAUGAAACCACAGCCACUAACCAAGCCGGAUUCAGCAGCGCGGUAUAACAGCAGUGUUAUCGUCAUUCCUCGUUCGUUUGUUCAGAAUUUCCUUUUCAAUGGAAACAAAUGUACGCAGAAAUUCCAUCGCACAAAUCCCGUAACCCCCGUAAUUCUCAUUGAUUGUCCAGAAAAAAAGCCGAUCUCUGUAACACUAUAUCACAAUGAAACGAACGCUGUGAGAAAAGUGUAAUCAGUCAUCAUGACAGUAGAGCGUAACAGGAGAGCGUACAGGAUUCCAGCUGUGCUCUUGUGAAAGCCUGGGUCCUGCACCGUUUGCUGAUAUUGGCUUUGUCCCAAAUUCUCCAAAUCACGUCAAGUUAGUGCGAGAACGUCAGGUGUUCCUCUGGAGAACGUCCAGAGGUUGCGACACACAGAAUCACUUGAUCAAACAAAACGCCAAAAUGACGCCAUGUGAAAAACUCUGGUCUAUAGAAUAGCAAUUUGCGUUCUUUCUGGAAUGAAGAAAGUACAAUCCAUUAUAAAAAUCUGAAAAAAAAAAUGUUUCCAUUAAAAAAAAAAAUCUCUGGAUCUUUCCAUCAGGUCUCCAUUACAGUAAAUACCACCAGAGCCUAAGUGCUUCAUCAAAGAUCAAAAAUAAACCAUCAGGAACCUCCUUUUUCUGGAUCUCUUUUCAUGACAACAGAUUUAUAAAUGAAUAAACAAACAAACUAAAUUUGAAUACUACUACAGAUGAUGUUCUGCAGAUGUUGCUGAGAACCUGAUCACAGCUGGACUGAGAGAAAAGCCUUUGUACCUGCUCGCGAUGUGCCUGUAUUUUACACCGUACCUCUGCCAACAUGGACUUCUUAUUAAACAAGCUCAUGACUGAACGUAUGCAUAUAAAUAUGUAUAUGUACUAUGUACUUUAUUUUUUGUUGUUUAAAUAAAAAGUUUGUUUCUUGUUUUGUGAGAUUUUUGUCAUUUUGAAAAGAAAAAAUAAAGUUAUAAUUGUAUUGUCUAAAAAUAGGGAUCCCUUGGAUCAUUUGCUAAUAAGGAAUAAAAACGUCUGUAUUUAUA